AUGGCUCCAACCCACAAGAUCGCUGUGAUCCAGUUGCACCCCAAGCCUCUUCAUGUCGAACAAAACUUCCAGAAAGCCGCCAAUUUUAUCAGAUCAGCUGCCCAACAAGGUGCCGAGUUGGCAGUCCUACCAGAAUACCAUCUCACCAACUGGCUACCUCACGAUCCCAACUUCAAAGCAUCAUGUGCAAGCUGGAAAGAGUAUCUCGAAAAGUACCAGGCCCUGGCUAGAGAGUGCAACAUCUGUAUCGUCCCUGGAACCAUAGUAGAGCUGCACACCGACGCAGAGCAUGACAGUACUGGCAUUCUUACCGAAGACGAUGAAAACAGUGAACGUCUUCUCAAUGUUGCCUACUUCAUCUCUUCCACUGGUGAGAUUCUUGGAAAAUACGUCAAGAAGAAUCUCUGGGGCGACAUUGAACGUUUGCACCUCACGAGCUCGUCGCGUGACCCUCAUCCAGUUUUCGAUACUCCUUUUGGAAAAGUUGGUAUGCUGGUCUGUUGGGAUCUUGCCUUCCCAGAAGCUUUCCGCGAGAUGAUUGCUCAAGGAGCGAAGCUCUUCAUCAUCCCGACCUUCUGGACUCUAAACGACUGCUCUCCUGCCGGCUUGGCCAGAAACCCAACUGCCGAGGCAACAUUCUUGGACGCCAUGCUCACAGCUCGCUGCUUCGAAAACACUUGUGCUAUUGUGUUCGCAAACGCUGGAGGCCCACCAGGAAAAGGCUAUGCUGGCUUGUCACAAGUGUGCGCGCCUUAUGUUGGACCCAUUGUUCGUCUUGGAAGCUCUGCUGAGGGUAUGGCUGUUGUCGACCUGGAUAUGCAGAUUGUCGAGGACGCAGAGGAGAACUAUCAAGUCAGAGCUGAUCUGGCAAGGGGUGACUGGCAUUAUGAUUAUCGUCACACCAAGGACAAUGAAUCCAAGCUCUGA